GCAGCGCCGAGCGGCGGCGGCACGCAGCCGCCCGCGGGGUGAGGCAGCGCUGAGCGGGCGGGCGGGCAGCCGGCGGCCGCGGGAGAUGUGCCCGGAGGAGGACGGAGGCUGCGGCGGCGGCGGCGGCGGCGGCGGCGUGGCCGGUACCGGCGGCACGGAGGCGGCGGCGGCGCUGGACGAGCUCCGCUCCUGGUGGGAAGUCCCGGCCAUCGCGCACUUCUGCUCGCUCUUCCGCACCGCCUUCCGCCUGCCCGACUUCGAGAUCGAGGAACUGGAAGCUGCUCUUCACAGGGAUGAUGUGGAGUUUAUCAGCGACCUGAUCGCCUGCCUUCUUCAAGGUUGCUAUCAGCGCAGAGACAUCACAUCGCAGACGUUUCACAGCUACCUGGAGGACAUCAUCAACUACCGCUGGGAGCUGGAGGAAGGGAAACCCAACCCUCUGCGAGAGUCCACCUUCCAGGAGCUACCACUGCGUACCCGAGUCGAGAUCCUGCACCGCCUCUGUGACUACCGGCUCGAUGCAGAUGAUGUCUUCGACCUCCUCAAGGGCUUGGACGCUGACAGCCUCCGUGUGGAGCCGCUGGGUGAAGACAGCAGCGGGGCUCUGUACUGGUAUUUCUACGGCACACGGAUGUACAAGGAGGACCCAGUGCAGGCGAAAACCAACGGAGAGCUGGCUCCAGACAGGGGAUGUGGGGGACAGACAAAUACCCCAAACGUUCCUGGGAAAACAGGCAAGAGACGAGGGCGACCCCCAAAGCGGAAAAAACUACUGGAGGAAAAUUUGCUGAGGGAGAAGGCAGAAGAGAACUUGCUAAUCCGUGAGACUCAGAUAAGAAAUGGGUCCCAAGGGCCAGGCCGUGGGACAUGGUGGCUGCUGUGCCAGACGGAAGAGGAAUGGAGGCAGGUCACUGAGAGCUUCAGAGAGAGGACUUCCCUUAGAGAACGGCAGCUCUACAAACUCUUGAGUGAAGACUUCCUGCCGGAGAUCUGCAACAUGAUUGCACAGAAGGUAAACCCAAAUGUGCUCAGUUCAAUGGAGAAGCAGAGGCGCAGAGAGGAAGAAGAGGAGCGUCAAAUCCUUUUAGCAGUGCAGAAAAGGGAGCAGGAGCAGCUGCUAAAGGAGGAGAGAAAGAGAGAAAUGGAGGAGAAGGUCAAAGCAGUGGAAGAACGAGCCAGGAGAAGGAAGCUUCGUGAAGAGCGGGCCUGGCUGCUGGCACAGGGAAAGGAGCUCCCUCCUGAGCUUUCCCACUUGGAUCCCAGUUCGCCUACCAGGGAAGAGCGAAGGACCAAGGAUCUCUUUGAACUGGAUGAUGAGUUCACAGCCAUGUAUAAAGUUCUAGAUGUGGUAAAGGCUCACAAGGAUUCUUGGCCUUUCUUGGAGCCUGUUGAUGAAUCAUAUGCUCCCAACUACUACCAGAUCAUUAAGGCCCCCAUGGACAUCUCUAGCAUGGAGAAGAAGUUGAAUGGAGGUCAGUACUGCACCAAGGAAGAAUUUGUGGGCGAUAUGAAGACCAUGUUCAGGAACUGUCUUAAGUACAAUGGUGAAGGCAGUGAAUAUACCAAGAUGGCUUACAAUUUGGAGAGGUGUUUCCACCGAGCAAUGAUGAAGCACUUCCCUGGGGAAGAUGGAGACACGGAUGAGGAGUUCUGGAUCAGAGAAGACGGGAGGCGGGAGAAGAGGAGCCGACGAACUGGCCGCUCCAGUGGUGGCAAUGUUUGGACUCGGUCACGAGACUCAGAGGGACCAGGCAAGAGGCAGCAACGCCUGGAAAAUGGAGGGAAACCUCCACCAUAUCGAGCUACUUCCAGGGCUCCUGCUUCUUCCUCCUCCUCCUCGUCCUCCUCCUUCUCCUCAUCCUCUGCGGAGGAUCCGAGUGGAAACUCCCUGCAGCCUCCUCGAGAAGUGGGCCCUUCCAAUGGGAGAGGUUUCCCCCGCUCGCUGCAGUACGGUGGCAUGCCCAGCCCUGUGCCACAUCCCGGCCAAAUGAGACCAGCCGUACCGGGAACGUUUGGACCACUGCGUGGAUCAGAUCCAACGAAGCUCUAUGGCUCGCCGCGAGUGCCAGAGCCCCAUCCUGGAGACCCGGUUCAGCAGCACCAGCACUUUGCCAUGCAGCCGGCUGUGGGACUGAGCGAGCACCGUGGGCACAGGCUGGCCACUCCCGAGAAGCAGGUGUGUGCAGGGCCGACCCACAUCGCUGGUCUUGGACCCCGUCCCAGCGCCUUGCAGCUAGGGUGCAUGAGUGGACCCCCUCCCGACGCCGUCUACUCACCAGCGCAGUUCCAGCAGGGAUUCCUUCCUCCCAGGCACAACGGGCCUCCAGUGAGGCCACCAGAGGGUUCGGAGAUGCCACCAGGACACAUGUACCGGCCCUACAAGUACCUGAAUCGCGGGCACCCUGCCCUGUGGAAUGGCAGCCAUGGAGCCAGCAGCCAGAGUGCGGUGGGGGCAGAGGAGAAGGCACCUAUGGGGCCGGCACCCUCGCUCCAGCCCCGCACCAUCGGCCAUAUGAUGGAGCCCCGGGCCAUACGGCCACCUCUGCCUCCCAGCCAGUGGACUGAGCAAUCAAACUUUCUACCUCACGGGGUGCCUCCCUCAGGGUAUAUCAGACCACCUGGGAAAACCACCAGCCAGAGGAUGCCGCAGCCACCAGCUGCUCUUUUCGGGGGACCGCCUCAGGUUCAAAGAGGGUGCCAGGGUGGGGACUCCAUGAUGGACAGCCCAGAGAUGAUCGCCAUGCAGCAGCUGUCAUCCCGUGUGUGCCCGCCAGGCGUGCCUUACCACCCUCGCCAGCCGCCCCCACCGCACCUUCCCGGGCCCUUUCCCCAGCUGGCUCACGCUGCCUCCACUGGCGUGCCACCCCCAAAGCCUGUCGUGGGGAAUGGGAGCUCGCAGGAUCAGACCAUGGAGCCGGAGAGCAACCAAGUGGAGCCACUGGCAGGCGUGGAGGAGAAGGCUCAGUGCAUCGGCAUUCCCGACAGGGCCUACGCCAAACUCCUACCUCAUCCCAAGCCCCCCCUGCCCAUGGAGUGCGCCCGACGCAACCUGCCCCCGGACGGGGAGGGAGACGGCUCCGGCCUGAAGAGCGAUCUGAAGGCCAACCAGAGCAAGGGCACGUGGCCGGCUGAGAGCAGCUACGCUGGCCCAGGUGCCCAGGGGUGCAUGAGGGACCUGGCAUCCACCCCUGAGCGAGGAGGACCUGUGUCUGAGAACGGGGCGGCGGGCGAAGGGCCGGCAGAGAGCAAGGGUCUGGCUGCCAGCCUGAUGGAGAAGCCCCUCUGCAGCGGGGGGAAGGCUCUGCCCGAAGCGGCUGUGCCUUGCAUGGGGCAGGGCACCAACCUUCCCGCCAUGGAUGCUGGCACUGUGGGAGCUGCCCCCAACCAGUUCCACCCUCUCUACAUGCCAGGUCUGGAGUACCCAAAUUCGGCCGCUCGUUACCACAUCAACCCGGGGCUGCAAGGGUUCAGCCCGGUAAUGGGUGGGAAGCCUCCCCCGGUGUCCCACCCACAGCAUUUUCCUGCACGGGGCUUCCAGCCAAGCAAUGCUCACCCCGGGGUCUUCCCUCGCUAUCGGCCACACCAGGGCAUGCCCUACCCCUAUCAGCCCCAGCCUCAACCUUCCUACCACCACUACCAGCGGCCACCCUACUAUGCCUGUCCGCAGGGCUACUCAGACUGGCAGAGGCCUCUCCACCCCCAGGCCAGCCCCAGCGGCCACCCGCCCCUGGCCAGACCCCCCUUCUCUGACCGGGGGAACGUGAGUAGCUUGCAGGGCUGCGAGGCACUGAGUGCUGCCCUGGCUUCUCCCAACCGCAUGGACGUAGCGAGUGCCAAAGAGGUUUCUCCAAGCGAUGGGCGGGAUCUGGGGCCUGAAGAUGAGAAGUCUGAGGAAUCCCAGGAGCGGCCGGAGAGUCCCAAAGAGUUCCUAGAUUUGGACAACCACAACGCGGCCACGAAGAGGCAAAGCUCGGUGGCAGCAGGAGAGUUUCUCUACGGAGCUCCCCCACCUCACCUGGGUUCGGGAAUGGGAUUUGGGCCAUCAGCUUUCCCUCCCCACGGGGUGAUGCUGCAGACUGGCUCUCCCUACGCAUCCCGGCAUCCCGCCGGUCAUUUCCAGCCCAGGACGUACGGAUCACCCAUGAAUGCCCACCUGUCUCAUCAUCCAGCCCCUGGCCAGGCUAACGGCCUCUCUCAGGAGGGACCCCUGUACCGCUGCCGGGAGGAGAACAUAGGUCACUUUCAGGCCUUGCUGAUGGAGCAGAGAGGCAGUGGAGGUGGCAUGGGGGGGCCACCCCAGGACUUGUAUAGACCAUCGGGAAUGCAAAUGCAUCAGGCUCAAGUUCCUUUCCCGAAGAUGCCUACAGCAACCAUGUCUCGAGAAGAUCUGACGCCACAGAAAUCAUCAGCGUUGCCUCUGGAUCAAAGCUAGUCUGAGGAAGGAAGGACCUCACGAAGAUGAAAGCCACACGUAAUUUGGACAAAGGGGAGGAGGGGCAGGCCUUCCUCCCGGCCUCCCCUCACCCAAGCAGCAUGUAGCUUCCCGGGUCCAUGGAUCACAGCAUCCCCACGGCGUUUGUGCUGGAAUCCCGGAGUGGUGCUGGGCCCCAACCAACCGGCCGAGCAGCCGGCUUGCCAGCGCAGGGCGAGCAUCGCCAAACUAGUGGCUUUCUGUGACUGGAGACUGCGUCUCGUUCAGGGUUUGAGGGAUUUUGGGGGGGGUGGGGAGGGCGGGGGUGGGGGCUAGAACUUUCAUUGACUGCUAAACUCAGGUAUAUUUUUCAGGGUGGAAGAGGACGAUGAUGGAAUUUUACUUGUAGUAUUAACGUGUGUGUUUUGGAGCUGGAUCCAGUUUACAGAAUUUAACCUGUUGCCUUUUUAAAUAAAUUUCUGUUGUUGGUGAAUGUAUUGUACAUAAUGGGGGAGGGGGUGGGCCCAGCUUGUAGUGGGCUUAGCACUGGAGGAAUCCGUAACUGUUUACAAUCAUAUCACACUGAAGUCUUUCAGGAUAGGGUGAGGGUCUGGGGGAGCGGGGAGAGGUCAGGGAACAUGAGAUGAAUGGCUUGCUGUCCUCUGCAACUGAGACACCACCCGAUAGUUGUUUGGCUGAAUAUCAGGAAUUGCUCAGGAGCAUAAUGUGUCCUCCUCUUUCUCUUCUCCUCUUCCUCCUUCGCGCUCACCCCUGUCUCUGCCCCUCCGGAUCCAGGGCCUGAGUGCACUUCCAGCUCCUGUCAUCAUGGGGGAACAAGGAAACCAGGACCAGGAAUUGAAACCAGCACAGGAUGCUCACGGCGUUGUCCCUUGUGCUAGCAUAGUACCCCUCUUCCUGCCUUUCUCGCAGGAGUAGUUUGUGCUCAUGGAAACAAGAAAGGGCACAGUUGGUCAUCUUGGACUUCUUUUGGUGAAAGCAGUGCCCGCUGAGUGUGGAGCAGCACCUAUCCCACAAAGGAAGUGUUGUGCAGAGCUGUACUCCCUGCUGCCACGGAGGGGAACUGCAUCCAUCUUUACCUUCUCUGUCCUUUGUUCUAUUCCCCUCUGGGCAGGAGCAAAGCAGAAAGUAAGCUGAAGUCCCCUGAUAUCCCAGUUGCCUGUGGAAGUAAGAGUAUGAGGUUGGUUUGAGGGAACAGUUUGCUACAGUGUGAGCUGUUUGUUGGCCUGAGGAGUUGGGUUCGGUUAUGGCAAGUAGCAGGUGAUUCAGAAAGCACUAAUCAGUGAAAUCCAGAGUUGAUGGAAUGACUCAGGCAGUGGGAGACGAGAGAGCUGUGCGCUCGAAUGGAGUCUGUUCUCUUCCAUCUUUGAUGCUGUAGCAGCAAGUACCACAGGCUGGUGGCAGCUUCCCUCCAAGUCAAUACACAGUCUGUAAGGACUCUCCACCAGCAAUGGCACUGCAUGGAGGAACCCCUGUGCCCCAGUCUUUGGCCAGACACUGAAGUUCAAGUGUAGGUUUGACAAAUAAGUUGCUUAGAAAUCUCAUCUGCAGGUAUGCACCGCAUCUUAGAACUAACAUAGCUGAAUGUUUCUGGGAGAGAGUAAAGCCAGGUAGAGUUGCUACACUGCAAGGCUGGGCAGAAAGAUCUGCUAGUCUACAGCCCAAGUGAGGGCUGCAGUUGGCGCUGAGGGGACAGUGGUGUAAUUAGGACAUGCCAGUGUGCCAGCCAAAUUGUGGUAGCAGAGGUGAGUGUGUGAGGACAGAACAGCAUGCCCUGGAGUCUUCACUACCAGCCACGGGAGGGUUUCUGCCUCCAGGUUUCUGGAGAAUUUUUCUGGCUGUGUUGUCAUCUCAAAUGGUGCCGUCACCCAUAGUAGCUGGGUUGCACCAGCAUGCGUGGCCGCACCAAGCCUGAUAGGAGUUCAACUUCUUCCGGCUAGUCCCACAGGUGUGUUUAUGAGCUCACUGCUCCUUACUGAGUGCUUCACCCUGCCUGUGGCCUGCAGCUGCUCUUUGUUCUGUCCAGCGGGCUGCCUGGCUAGCUGGCUCCUCCUCAGAGGAAGACUUCGGUAUGGGAAUGAGUGUAAGUGUAACCACUGUUCAGGACAGUAAGCUUAGGACAAAUGAAAAAACUGUUGCUUCUCUUUUUAAGGAAAUCUUUAGUUCUUGUAGUUAAUUUUCAUUAAAAAUGGAGGAUCUGUAAAGUCUAACUUAGAGCAAAGUAUUUGAAAUGCUGGGAACGAGAAUGCGUGUUCUGCAAACAACCCUUGCCGUACUUCAGCCUGUGUCUUCUGCACCAUAGAUCGUUACCCAAAUACUCCAAGUGCCUUUCAGUUCAUGGUGAGCUUUGUGGAAUAGGAGGUUUUAGAUGCUAUAAACAAAGCCAAAGCACUCUUGAUCUUCGGCUGGAACUGGCACUGAAAAUGCGGUUCUAGGGAUCACGGCAUCUGGAUGAGUACCAACCCAAGGUUAAACAGGAGGAAUAGGGAAGGCAAGGAUUGCUUGUGGUCUGCCUGGGGAGGGUAAUGGAUGAUGGGUAUACCGCUAGGAUUCUACAUGGAGUAUGAGGCGUGGAGAUGCUGUCCCUUACCUGGCAGGAUUGAGUGGGUUUCUAAGUAAAUGGUUUUUGAUGUAGUUGGUGAUUCUGAUGAAAGCAACUAACAGAAGUUGCUAUUGGGGGUGCAUGUGAUUUGCAUUAGCGAAGUGCCGAUGUAGCACAGAGGGAACAAGGGCUGGAAUACAGGGAUAUCCCAUGGACAGGACAUGCUCAGAUCAAGUGUUGCUUGUGGAACCUUAGUUCUGAGUUUCCAGACUAUGAAAUGCUUUGCUCAGAAAUGUUUGCGGGUUGUGGUCGGGUUGGGUUGGGUUUUGGCUUUGUUGUUGUUUUGUGAUGACGUCUAGGCACCCCCCCCCCAAACCAGAGUUCUAUCUCACUGGGUACAAUCUGAACAAAUCACUGAAAAUUUGCACCUCCCAGAGCAGUUAGUGGGGUGGGACGACAGCAAAAGUGCACAGAGAGAAGCAGAAAAUGAGAUUUUCGUUGUUUCUGAUCUCCCACCUAUGCCGUGUGGGCUGGCUUGUAGAUAAUGUGAAAGGGACAGAUUUAAAGAGGGAUUUAGAAUAGAUUAAACCAGCAGCUCUUUAGGUACGAGGUGAGGCUUUUUUCCUUGAGUUGGUGUACGGUGCUGAAGAAAAGUUGCAUUUUUUUAAAUAUCCUUUGAUUAUUGUAUUCACUUCACUCAAAAAACUUCUCAACAGAGUACAGAAAAAUUCUGGAAUCUGAUGGGAACACCCUCUUUUCUCAUCCUCUGCAGCGCUGCAGUACGGUGUGUUACCAAUUGGACCUUUUUCACAGGGCAUAUUGGGCAAGUGACUUUGCAGAGUUUCCCAUAGGUAUUACUUUUUUUCAUAUGAAAGACAUGGUUUGUAAUUACAGAUGUAGGUCACUCUGAAAGUAAUGCCUCCUACUUAUUUCCUUUCUUUUUCCGCAUGGAGGAAUUCAAUCCUGCACUUCUGCUUCAUACGCACUUCCGUGUCAGACGCCAUUCUGUCAGACUGCCCCUCUGCUGCCAUCUGUCACACGGCAACAACGUGUAACAGAAUGUCGGUGGGAAGGUUUAACCUCUACUGCCAUACCACCAACAUCCACCUCUGGCGCCAUGGGCCAGCAGAAUAAAAUAGGAGGCAUUACUUUCAGAGCAGCCCUUGUACGUGUCAAACAAGAUUGCGUAGUAGAACGAACGCAACGCUGAGUGUGCCAAAAUCUCCCAGUGCUCUGGUGGUACAAGUGGCACGUGGUGCUCAGUCCCAUUCUAAAUGCAGUUGUAUCACCUUCUGCUGGGACUCCGGGAACUUUUGGCAUCUUCAGCACCAUUGGGCCCUGGCAACUGAACCAAGUAUUUGGGGAAGAUUGGUAGCUGAGGGUUCACAGGGAUCUGAGCUGUGUCCAGCAGAAGUUUGCAGUCUCUAAAUGCCAUGGUGUGACCAAAGCGUGUGGUGGCAAGCCACGGCACCAGCCUGCAAUGAGAAGGACAAAAGAGGAAAGUAAAUUGGAAGUUUCAAGGCCUGGCUGGUUUGAUCUGUGACUUUGAAGUACGCUUUUCUUGGAACGGCUUCUAGUUCUUUCUCAUCUGCCUUUCCCAUGCAGAAUUCUGAAGCAAAUCUCCUGUGUGUAUUUUUGUACGUGUGGUUUCUCGGGGUCUUGGAGAGCUAUCAGCUUCUUGAUGUCUUAUCUGAAAGCUCAUCACAGGGGCUGUCUCUCAUUCUGCUGACUGAGGCAGCUUCUCUCUCUUUACAGCAACACUUCUCCCUUUAAAAUGAAAGUAUAAUGAGAGAACGACCCGCGUUUGUCUCCUCCGCUGAUGGCUGUCAGCUUUCUGUGCAUUCUGAGCCCAGCCAGGGCUAUCGCUCUGCUCUCUGCGGCUUUGCUCUGCUUUUCCUUCUCGAGGAGGUGCCCUGGGCUUCAAUUGUCCACCGUGGCACUUUGGAGAAGGUGCCGCAGUGUGGUGAGGGAAAAGUGAUGUCCCGAGGGGUGGAACAGCUGCAGGCUCCGCAGUGGUGUGUCUGCUUGGUCCAUGCAUACCUUUGCAGCGCAGGUGGACUGAGCUGCGUGAGGCCAUGCCCUUGUCAGUAGCUGUCGGCUUCUGCUCACGCGCGGUGUCUGAGACGCCGUGGGCGCUUUGUAGUGUUAAUGCUGAUGGCCUUGUGUCCACUUGGGCUUUUUCUCCUUGUUCUGCAGCAGUGGAGGAGAUCUGGCACAGGUCUUCCUCUUUCUGAAAUGUGGAUGGCGGAGGAGGCUGCAUGAAUAGAGAACCAGAACUGUAUCCAGCAGUGGAAAGGGGGACGGAAGAGGGACUAAGUAGGGCUAAGGAAUCAUUGGGAUUGUCACCAGCUCCAGCAGGUCCCUCUCUCCAUUGCUUUUGUUUGGAAACACGUGGCUCGCUGGCAAAGGGGCAGUAAUUGGGAAAUCUGCACCUGAGUAGAAGUGGAACUGUUUGUGGGCAGUUUCCUCUUUGUUGGGCAACGUUGGGCCAGGGGCUGCCAAGGGAGCCUUUGGGCCUUCCAAUCCAUACAGGACAGGUGGAAGUUGUGCAGCAGCCCCCUCCUGUCCCGAGGCCCCCAGGCAGCUGCAGGAACCAGGGCGUGGGCUUUGGCUUUGGUCCCCCUUUGCGUCAUGCACCAAUGCUUCCCCUCUCCUUGCUGCCCUGUUUUCAAGCUCCUUCCCUCUGUGCUUCACCGUUGCUGUCAGAUGCAGAGACAGGAGCUCACCGUCUGUGGAGGGGCAGAAGGUUCAGCUCGCCAGCUGUCUCCUCUGCAUACGCAGGCAGGGAGUGCGCAUCACCCUCCCUGUGACAUCAAGGUGCCCUCAGCAUCCAGCAGUGCCCUCCUACCCUUUGGGCUCACUGCGUGACGCUGGGUGCCAUCCCUCCGCCAGGCGCCACUGCAGAGUGGGACCUGCCGCGUCUACCUCUGUGGUAGCUUUGGCUAACAAAAAAAUGGUGUGCACAGCCCAGAAACCUGUUACCUCUAUUCCUUGUGAGCUCAGUGAGCACUGCUGCCUGAUUUCCGAGCGAUAACAGUGUGCAGCAGUGCAGCUCCAACCUUCCUGUGUCAGAGCAGGGAGGGGAUGGCUCCAAACCACACUGCGGGGCUCCAGGAUGCGGCUGGAAAGCGAGGUGCUUCCUGCAGCCCUGUGUCUCCUCGCUGCCACAUGGCUGCUUUCCCAGUGACCGACGGGUUGGAUUAGGUCAGGAAAGGAACAAUUGGAGCCGAGCCUGGAUUCAGGGCUGGCAGGAGGGGUGCCUGUCGUUGGCAUGCCCUGACUUUGUGCCUCUGGGGUCAGGGGAGCAUCCAGAGCUGUCUGGCUUGGCGCUGGGAGUGGGGGAAGCCAAUGCCACUGCAUCCAUUUUCUGAAGUUGGGUGGGGUUGGUUUGCUUUGCUGUUUGGGCUGUUGGUUUUGGUUUUUGUUUUUUGUUUUUUGUUUUUUUUUUUCUUUUGUAUUAUUGUAAGUUUGUAAAGAAUGUAAUCUGUCUGUUGGGGGCGUAAGGAGGACACGGGGGCCGUUCUCUUUCCGGGUGAGACUGUUUGUGAGUUGCUGUGUGUUUUGGUGCUGGGUGGGGAAGGGCCCAGCAGCCAUGGGGCAAAACCCAGCCCUGUCAACCCAUCGCGACUAUCAUGGGCAGCAGGAGGGCGAGCGGGUGCUGGGCAGCAACCUCCCAGCCUGAGUGUGGAAACCCUGCUCGCAUCCUUAGGCGGGGAGAGAUGUGAGCAUGCAGGGCUCUGCACAGGGCUCUCCUGCUCGGGGCUGGGCCCACUCAUCCUCAGCUGGGGUAGCAGCCGAGCUGCCCAGCUGCUGUGCAAAGGGAGGGCUGAAGACAACAGCCCGAAUUUCUCAGUGCAGGAACAAAUUUGAGCCGGCCCUCGUGCCCGCCUCCCUCCCCGUCCCAUAGAGCACAGUGUCAGGGAUCCUCCUCUCUCUCCUGCUGCUGCAAGGUCAUGUGAACUUUCCUGGUCAAUACUGGAAAGGGGAAUGCUAUUUAUUUUUAUAUUGUGUAUAUUUUGUCUUGGUCUGCUGAUUACCUUUGUUCCCCAGAGCGACAGUUACCUCAAUAGUUAGUUUAAUACUGUGUGUUUGGGUAAUUUUUUUAAAGAACUUUUUUAAAAGCUUGAUCCUUGGAGGUCUGUAGAUUUUAUUUCCAUAUGAAUUGGUUAUUUUGUAUAAAGUACGUUCUUAAAAUAGCA